AUGUUCAGUUUUCUAAAUGCUGGGCAUAAUGUUCUUGCAUUAUUAUUGGUUUUGUUAUCCUCCAUUUCAAUAUGUACAUCUGCAUCUCUGACUUCAGUAUUUACAACUUAUUCAACUGAGUAUGUGACUUUGACAAAUGAUCAAGGCUCAAAAUAUUUAGCAGCAUAUGUUAAAGUUAGUUUCUUGGGUUUAGCUACAACAUCUUCCACGUAUUCUGCUGGGGCACCGGGUACAACGUUUACCUUUUCAACAACUACUCUUUACUUUACUGAUGACAAUGGUGAAAAAUACGUUGAUACAGUGUACUUUAUUCAAAAGCCUUUCUUUUACACGACAAAAUCGAGUUACACUCCAGGUGCUGAGGGACUUACCAGUACCUUAUCCACCUUAAUUACAGUCAAUACCGAUAACAAUGGUAAUGAAACUACUGAAACUAUAUACUAUAUUCAAACCCCAAGUAUUGUAGUUACCUCAACAAACUUUAAACCAGGGCCAGCUGGUCUAACUACCACAUAUGAAACUAGCCUUACAACUAUACUGGGAUCUGAUGGUAAAGAGACUACAGAAGUCACUUUUUUCAUCCAGACUCCUAGUAUUACCACUGUAUCAACCAAAAUUAUUGGUUCUUCAGUAAGCAUGAUUACUACUUAUUCAACCACAAUAUAUACUACCACAGGUGCUGAUGGGCUUGUAACCACUGAAACCGUCUACUUUGUGCACACACCAAUUAUUCGUUCCACCUCUAUCACAUUCACAGCUGCCUCUGUUAGUUCUUCCACUACCUACUCCACAUCAUAUACUACUUUCGUUGAUGCCAGUGGUGUCGAAACAACUGAGACCGUUUACUAUGUCAAGACCCCAAUCAUUGCCACUACCUCUACCAACUACCAGGCAGCUUCGGUAAGCUCAAAUGAAACUUACUCGACUUCUGUUGCCACUGCCACUGGUACUGAUGGGCUUGUAACCACUGAAACCGUCUACUUUGUGCACACACCAAUUAUUCGUUCCACCUCUAUCACAUUCACAGCUGCCUCUGUUAGUUCUUCCACUACCUACUCCACAUCAUAUACUACUUUCGUUGAUGCCAAUGGUGUCGAAACAACUGAGACCGUUUACUAUGUCAAGACCCCAAUCAUUGCCACUACCUCUACCAACUACCAGGCAGCUUCGGUAAGCUCAAAUGAAACUUACUCGACUUCUGUUGCCACUGCCACUGGUACUGAUGGGCUUGUAACCACUGAAACCGUCUACUUUGUGCACACACCAAUUAUUCGUUCCACCUCUAUCACAUUCAUAGCUGCCUCUGUUAGUUCUUCCACUACCUACUCCACAUCAUAUACUACUUUCGUUGAUGCCAGUGGUGUCGAAACAACUGAGACCGUUUACUAUGUCAAGACCCCAAUCAUUGCCACUACCUCUACCAACUACCAGGCAGCUUCGGUAAGCUCAAAUGAAACUUACUCGACUUCUGUCACCACUAUUUAUGGACUUGACGGUUCUUAUACAACUGAAACUGUCUACUUUGUGCACACACCAAUUAUUCGUUCCACCUCUAUCACAUUCACAGCUGCCUCUGUUAGUUCUUCCACUACCUACUCCACAUCAUAUACUACUUUCGUUGAUGCCAAUGGUGUCGAAACAACUGAGACCGUUUACUAUGUCAAGACCCCAAUCAUUGCCACUACCUCUACCAACUACCAGGCAGCUUCGGUAAGCUCAAAUGAAACUUACUCGACUUCUGUCACCACUAUUUAUGGACUUGACGGUUCUUAUACAACUGAAACUGUCUACUUUGUGCACACACCAAUUAUUCGUUCCACCUCUAUCACAUUCACAGCUGCCUCUGUUAGUUCUUCCACUACCUACUCCACAUCAUAUACUACUUUCGUUGAUGCCAGUGGUGUCGAAACAACUGAGACCGUUUACUAUGUCAAGACCCCAAUCAUUGCCACUACCUCUACCAACUACCAGGCAGCUUCGGUAAGCUCAGAUGAAACUUACUCGACUUCUGUUGCCACUGCCACUGGUACUGAUGGGCUUGUAACCACUGAAACCGUCUACUUUGUGCACACACCAAUUAUUCGUUCCACCUCUAUCACAUUCACAGCUGCCUCUGUUAGUUCUUCCACUACCUACUCCACAUCAUAUACUACUUUCGUUGAUGCCAGUGGUGUCGAAACAACUGAGACCGUUUACUAUGUCAAGACCCCAAUCAUUGCCACUACCUCUACCAACUACCAGGCAGCUUCGGUAAGCUCAAAUGAAACUUACUCGACUUCUGUCACCACUAUUUAUGGACUUGACGGUUCUUAUACAACUGAAACUGUCUACUUUGUGCACACACCAAUUAUUCGUUCCACCUCUAUCACAUUCACAGCUGCCUCUGUUAGUUCUUCCACUACCUACUCCACAUCAUAUACUACUUUCGUUGAUGCCAAUGGUGUCGAAACAACUGAGACCGUUUACUAUGUCAAGACCCCAAUCAUUGCCACUACCUCUACCAACUACCAGGCAGCUUCGGUAAGCUCAAAUGAAACUUACUCGACUUCUGUUGCCACUGCCACUGGUACUGAUGGGCUUGUAACCACUGAAACCGUCUACUUUGUGCACACACCAAUUAUUCGUUCCACCUCUAUCACAUUCAUAGCUGCCUCUGUUAGUUCUUCCACUACCUACUCCACAUCAUAUACUACUUUCGUUGAUGCCAGUGGUGUCGAAACAACUGAGACCGUUUACUAUGUCAAGACCCCAAUCAUUGCCACUACCUCUACCAACUACCAGGCAGCUUCGGUAAGCUCAAAUGAAACUUACUCGACUUCUGUCACCACUAUUUAUGGACAUGAUGGUUCCUAUACUACCGAAACUAUCUAUUUCGUCAAUACGCCAAUUAUUCGUUCCAUCUCAUUCAUUUAUGGUGCUGGUUCUAUCGACAAGCCAACCACAUUCUCGACCGCAGUUAGUACGAUAACUCAUUUUGAUGGUACUGAAAUUACAGAAACAGUAUAUUACGUGAAGACUCCAAUUAAUGAAGUUUACUAUACCGAAAAAUUAGCUGCUUCCGUAAUUGGUACCACUACAUAUUCUACUGCAAAAAGUAUUACAACAGAUUCCAACGGCGUGGAAUUGACAAGAAUAACAUUUUACGUUCAAACACCAAUUGUUAUAAUGACAAAAUUGAAUGUUACUGGUGCCUCAAUUGAAGAGACUACUACAUAUUCGACUUUCGUUACUACUUUAACUGGAAUCGACGGUAAUGAAACAACCGAUACAAUAUACUUUGUAAAAACUCCGAUACACAAUUUAGUCUCUACUCACUACCAAGGUGGUAGCUUUAAUGGAACCAGUACCUAUUCUACUUUCUUGACAACAUUAACCGAUGAUGAGAGCAACGAAACGACGCACACUAUUUACUACGUUCAAACACCAAUUUCCAAAACGACAAAAAUGGUUUUCACGCAUGGUUUAGUUAGCUACACAACAACUUAUUCUACUAUUCUUACUACUGUGAUUGAAAAUGGAUCCGAAGUUACCAGUACCAUAUACCUGGUAAUGUUACCAGUAUUUCAAACUGAAAAAACAAGUUUCAUUGAAGGAUCUAACACUUUAUUGACGACGGCAUCUACUUUGACAAAAACAGUUACAAAAUCUAAUGGAGAUAUUUACAUUGAAACUAUUUUUAUAGUUCAGAAACAAUCUUCUAAUGCUCCUCUGGUUACCUCCUCUGUGGAAAGUGAACACUCAACAAUUCAGAGUAUUCAAUUGACUAGUCAAUUGGCUUAUCACAAUUCAUCGAGCCAAAUUUCGACUUUAGUUAACAAUUUUGAAACAGUUACUGAAACUGAAUUAAAUACCGUCACAUGUACUUCAACUUCAUUAUGUUCAACUUCAGAAAAAAUAAAACCCUCUUCCUCUGAAACUAUUACUUAUUCGACCAUAACAGAUUCAGUUGGAAAUGUUAUUACACGAACAGUUACAGUGCCUUGUGCAUAUACCACCGCUGAUUCCAAGAGUACUCAUUAUUUAACGACAACAUCUAUUUCCAAAAACUCUGCUUUAAAUUCUCAAUCUAAUAAUAGUAAUGGAGAGGAUAUUUUGGGAUCAUCGACAACAUCGAUAUUAAAAGUAACAGAAGUAUCACCGACUUUUAGUUUUUCGGAAACAAGUAUUGUUAAAUCACAUGUCACAACUACUAACGAAGCUAUGAUAUCCCAAAUUACAACUUAUCAUACUGUAGCUUCAUCAUUGUUUGUCAAUACGACUAAUACUAUUCAAAGUUUUGAAGGUAAAGCUAAUAUAAAUUCAGUUGGAUAUUUACUUUCUGUUGGGGUAUCAUUUAUUUUGUGUGUUUUGUUCUGA